CGCUCCAAAUAUGCCAUAGAGGACGUUGCUGCUGGUACCUCUGACGCCUCCCCAGCAUCUGACCAGAAUUGUCAACUUGUUGAGCCAGUGGCCACAGUUCCCAGCCCUCCCCCGAGUCCCGGUCGGUCUGGUACCAGUCUGGCCGCGGAGGCUGUCCACCUGGCCAGUUCUCUGGAUGUGUCUAGAGCUGCCUGGAACAAACCUCCACCAGUACGGAUAGUUUCUGCGUCCGAGAACAAUGCGGGCGGUCUGCACGACACUGCUAUACCGUCUAUUUUCGAUUUUGUCCACCGGGGUAGCCGUCUGCUGCAUCCUGCCCACGAGACGAAACUGGGUGCUGCUGGUGGUGCAUCCUCGUCUAAAUCAACCAAUCAGACCUCUUCGGUUCCAACCGACACAUCUCGCCCUUCCAGUAUGUUGGACAAUCCAGGUUGGUUUCUCCUGCUUGUCCUCCUUUCUUCGGUUGAUUUGAAACGCUCAGUCAGUACUACAUAUAUAGCCGCUUUUCCGACCACAAAGUAUACAGUCCUGACUCCUGGAGCAGAGUAA